UUGGUAAAAAUAGCAAACGCAAUUGUAGUUUAAAUCGACGUCAAGACGGUAAUAAUGCUAUGGCUGUUAAAAAGGGUAAUGACAUUGCAGCGAAAGCAAGUGUUAAUAGUGUGCCAAGAUAA